UGUUAGUGAGGUGACACUGUAAAAACUCCACUGUUUUUUGAGAAAAGAAGCAAAUUUUAACAUGGCAACAAGAGAAAUGUAUGUGCUAUGGAGCUGUGAAGAUGAGAAACGUGGGGAGAACAAGGUUUUGGCCAUUGUGACGGAUAGUGCCGCAUAUAUGCUGAAGGCUGCAAAGCGUCUGCGGGUGUUUUACCCUAAAAUUAUGCACCUCACGUAUCUGGCUCAUGGCAUUCAUCGAGUCGCUGAAGAGGUCAGAGCCACAUUGCCAGAGGUCAACAGCCUUGUAUCUUCGGCGAAGAAGGUUUUCAUCAAGGCACCAAGUCGAGUGAGAGCUUUCAAGACUGCUCACCCUGACUGUCCUCUGCCACCUGAACCAGUCUUGACGAGGUGGGGAACGUGGAUUUCAGCUGCAAACUAUUAUGCAGACAACCACAGAAAAGUUGAAGAGGUCCUAAAGGGUUUUGAAGAUAGCGAAAAUUUAGCCAUACCAAAAGCCAUGGACGCAUUGAAGAAUUCCAUCGUGUUACACAGCCUAUCUUUCAUCCGAGCGCACUUGGGUGGCCUUCCAGACCUAAUUGAGAAACUUGAGACUCGUAACAAGGAAGUUGCUAAGGCAGGCUCGACGAAGGACUCAGGACACAGAGCAAGAAUUGGCCAGGUCCGAUCGAUGAGAGACUUAGAAGAAAAUUGGAUGCAGUUCUCCAUAAAAAUCCCGGUUGGCCUACGAUUCAGAAGAUCGCUCAGUUACCGGAAGAAGAGAAACGCUCCGAGAAUCUAAAUGAUUUCACGUCGUCUAAUGUCGCUGCUCUUAAAUUUUUACCUGUAGUGUCAUGUGAUGUUGAACGAUCAUUUUCAAGACUGAAAAUGUUAUUA